CUAAAAAUUUUGUGCAGACGUCCAAAGGUAGAAGCACCCAAAGAUAAGUGAUGGCCUUUCAAAAAGAAAAAAUAAAUAAAUAAAUAAAGGAAAAAAAGAAAAAAAAAAUGAGUGCUAGUGAGUUUGUUUGGUCGGAAUGGAAGGGAGUGGAGGAAGAACACCACCUGAGCAGCUAACCUCAUCUUCUCCAAAUUCAAAGUAAGAGUCUUUACUAUCUCUAAACCUCACUUCAACCAGAUUCGAUCCAUCCACAAUUCAAAGAUUAUUAUUAUUAUUGUUAAUGGAGAGCCAAAGCAGUUCUCGUAGUCCCCAACUGGAAUCCCAACCUCAAUCACAACCCCAAUUGGAGAAACGCCCAAGUUUUGGGAGAGGGAUUGAGAAACAGAAGAGCUUCCGAGGUGGAUUUAUGGAAAAACAGAAGAGUUUUCGUAUAGUCAUGGAAAAACAGCUCAGUUUCAUUGGGAAGAAGACCAAAGAUUCACCUGGUAAAAGAGGAGAUUCCCACCUUCAUUUGGCUUCUCGUGCUGGGAAUUUGCUCAGAAUCAAAGAAAUUCUCCACUCUUGUUCUUCUUCUAACAACAACAAUGAAGUACUCAAUUUGUUGUCUAAACAAAACCAGGAAGGGGAAACCCCACUUUAUGUUGCAGCAGAAAAUGGGCAUUCUGUAAUCGUUGGUGAGAUGCUUAAGUACAUAGAUCUUCAUACUGCAUCACUCCCAGCUAGGAAUGGCUAUGACCCUUUUCACAUUGCUGCAAGGCAAGGUCAUCUUGAUGUCUUAAAGGAAAUGUUGCAAGUCUUCCCGAACUUGGCAAUGACUACUGAUUUGUCCAAUGCCACAGCCUUGCACACAGCUGCUACUCAGGGCCAUAUUGAUGUUGUUAAUCUCAUGCUCGAAACAGAUUCGAAUCUCGCGAAGAUUGCCCGAAAUAAUGGGAAGACAGUGCUCCAUUCGGCUGCAAGGAUGGGGCAUUUGGAAGUUGUUAAGUCUCUUCUUACUAAAGAUCCAAGCACUGGCUUUAGGACUGAUCAAAAGGGUCAAACUGCACUGCAUAUGGCUGUUAAAGGCCAAAAUGAGGAGAUUGUCCUUGAAUUGUUGAAACCUGAUCCUUCUGUUUUGAGUGUGGAAGAUAAUAAAGGGAAUACAGCUUUGCAUAUUGCUACAAGGAAGGGUCGUAUUGAGAAUGUGAGGCGUUUGCUGUCUGUUGAAGGCGCUAACAUCAAUGCAAUUAACAAGGCUGGAGAAACACCUCUUGACAUUGCUGAAAAAUUCGGAACUCCUGAACUUGUCUUGGUUCUAAAGGAAGCAGGGGCAACGAAUUCUAGUGAGCAAGGAAAGCCUCAGAAUCCUGCUAAGCAACUUAAGCAGACCGUGAGCGACAUAAAGCACGAUGUCCGCUCACAACUUCAGCAGACACAUCAAACUGGAGUGAGGGUCCAGAAAAUUGCAAAGAGGCUAAAGAAGCUUCAUAUUGAAGGGCUGAAUAAUGCUAUAAACUCUGCAACUAUUGUGGCAGUUCUCAUUGCCACUGUUGCUUUCGCUGCCAUAUUCACCGUGCCUGGCCAGUUUGUAGAGGAGUCGGGGCCUGAGAGUGGACAAGCCCAUAUAGCAAACAACGCAGCUUUCAUUGUCUUCUUUGUAUUUGAUAGCCUGGCUCUAUUUAUAUCCCUUGCAGUUGUUGUAGUCCAGACAUCAGUAGUUGUGAUUGAAGAGAAGGCAAAGAGGCAACUUGUGUUUGUGAUCAACAAGCUCAUGUGGUUGGCUUGUCUCUUCAUUUCGAUUGCGUUUAUUUCUCUUACAUAUGUUGUGGUGGGAUCACAUGCUCAUUGGCUUGCUGUGUAUGCAACUAUUAUAGGUAGCACAAUCAUGCUCACUACCAUUGGCUCAAUGUGCUACUGUGUGAUCUUGCAUAGGAUGGAGGAAUCAAAAUUGAGGAAUAUUAGGAGGGCCGAGAGCCAGUCUCGGUCUUACUCUGUGUCUAAUAUGGCAUCAGAUUCAGAGAUUUUGAACAGUGAAUAUAAAAGAAUGUAUGCACUUUAAGCUGCUGAGUAUAUUUAGAUUGGAUUGAGGAACAGGAACAGCCAUAUACAUAUUGGUGCUGCUCCUGAUAUUCUAUUCUACCAAUCAGUUUCUGAUUGUAAGUAAAGUAAGUACUGAAGCUGAAAUGUUGUGUUACCUUUGUACUAUGAAUAUGGAAUCCUAUGCUCAGACAGAGUUAGAGAAAUCAUAACAGUCAUUCAUCUCAUCAUAAUUCAUCAUCUUUCCUAUAAAGAUUGAAACUUUAUACUCAAUGGGGAAGAGUAGCAGCCAGCCAAGUCAAGCCAAGCCAAUAUGUAUAUUCAUUCAAGAUUCAGCUACUGAGUUUAGUUGGGCCAGUAAUGUGUUUCUCCUGCAACAUUUUACUGAAUUGACAUGAGAUGUUAUGAUUAUGGUUUGUGAUCCAUCUUUAAUGUAACUAAUAAUAAUAUUUCAUAGCUAUACCAACUUCCCAUUGUCUUUAUCUGAUGCUUAUAUCUUUUAUUGCACUAUAUUAUUGUCUUUU